GUGAGUCGUUUGGUCCUCUGUCCCACAUCACCACCUCCCAGCUGUCCCAGUCCAGACUGUUAACAUUACUGGGAGAAUACAGGAAAAAACAGUUACUUUCUUUGUCAGAGGAAAAGUCUAGGAAAUCUCCUGAUGGCAAACUAGCUGAACACAAGAGUGCUAUAGAAUCUAUAGGCAGGGCUGGACUAGUCUAUCCACCACUAGAAGAACAAGUCAAGAAAGGAGAGGAGCAGAAAUCAAAACUAGACUUUGCCCAGAAAUUUGUCCGUCAGAUCUCCAGGGAGGCGGUGGUGGUGGACAGAAAGCUGACCACUCUGUACCAGGUCUGGCCACAGAUCAUGGUCAGUUUGAUACAGUCUGCUGUGAUGGACAUGGCCGAUAGGAAAACAUACAUGAAAAAAUGCAUGGAAGACCUAGAGAAAGGUUGAAAAUGUGGGCUUAAAAGUCAUUUAAGUCUGGAUACCUGCUAUUUAUGCCCAGGGCACCUCGCUGCCUUCUCAUGACAUCACAGACUUACACCACAGAAGAUGGAGGAGGUUAGGGGAUUAAAUUGAAGAAUUAAGUGGCACUUACUCUUAGUCUUAGUCAAUCUCAACAUUUGUAACUAGAUUGGCAAAUAAUGACUUCUGAUUUAUAUGGUAGGGAGGACACGAAGGAUGCAUUUUUCCAUUGUUAUUUUUCAAUGGAACUUAUUCAAGUUUGAUAUCCCUUUCAGGGGUUGCCAAUUUCUCUGGGAUGAUUUUUCCAAGAGAAUUUUUGUUGCCACCAAGUGGUAGAGAUAGAAAAUAGCCACAGGGUUAAAGCAAAGGAACCAGUGGUUCUGACAUGGCAGUGUGUGCUUGCUUUUUUAUCAUUUAUAAAAGCUGACUCGUUAUAGCGUCUAGUCAGACAUUUCUCUGUGUACGUACAUUCCAAGUUCACAUUGCAUGUGGCAGUUGUUUUAAAAUGUUACUAAGUGAUGUAAUGGUGUUGCUAGGUGAUGUACAGGAGCAGAGCAUGAACAACAUAGAUGUAGCCAUUACUAGAAGUGAUGAAGGAUUGUGAUUUUGCAUCUGUGAUUUCUUAAAACUCAUUUCAAUCAAACAGGGCUUUUUGUAUGUAAAAAGAAAAUGUAUUUGCUACACAAAUGGCACUGUUGUAAUAAAACUUUGUUUAUUUGUUGGCUCUUGGUUUCCAUCAAGUGGUACAAUAUACAAGUGGUAUGCAUACAUUAGACUGCCAAAGGCCUGGUUCAAAAUCAAGUUAUGAUGCCUUCUUAAUAUAGUCUUUGUUGUUAAAAAAUUGUACCUUACCAUUCCCACAGAUAUUUAGAUCGAUCUAUCCCCCUGGGAAG